ACCUCACCUCUAGUUUGUUCGAUGAAAAGUAGGGCUCAAAACAAAUUCGACAACUAGCGCGAGAAAGAUUACCUUCUAGUCCCUGCUUCGGUGUGUUUUAUCGGAUAAUUUCCUCCUUGCCUGCUUAGCGUGUGCAUCGUACGAAGAAAAACGCGAACUGCAUCCAUUUGGAAUCGUUUCAUGCAGUUCCAAUUUCACCUUACCGCUGAUAAAAUGAUAUUUUAGGCGAGAUUUCGUCUGCUGGCUUCCUGUGUGUACGGGUGGAAAUUGAUGUGGAAAUACUGACCUUCAGUGAGUUUGUGCGAGCUGAGCAAGAAAAGUGGGCUGAAGUGGGUGUAUUUUGCCAAGCGCAAUUGCCUUGAAGCCAGCCAUAACAGCAACGCUGUUGGUACACAGGGGCAGUGGCAUUUCGAGAAAGGAGGAGGAGGCAAUCGACGACGCAUUUGCACACCUUGCAUAACGACGACGACAACGACAACACCGCACACGACAUCGCAAGCGCUCCCGGAGCGCAACGCUGGUGGUGGUGGCGCACGGAUACGGAUUAAGGCACCAGCUCACGGUAGCGGAUUCGAUAAAAUCGAUGGCUUUAGAUUUGCUUGGUCGUCAGAAAAUGCCCUUAGAUGGUUCCUCGUCGAAGCAACCGGCGGUUGCUUCCUCCUCAGUUAGUGGAGGUUCGACCGGGGCUAAUGCCACUGGAGCCAGUGGUCCAGCGGGUAGCGCUGGGGUUAGUGGUGUAGGAGGUGGUUCCACCGGACAGGGAAUGUCUGGUGCGGCCACAGGUGGAAGCGGCGGGGCGACGGUCAUGGGCAAACAGCUGACCGCAAAACGUUCGCUCAAGCUGGGCAGUUUGGCCGAGGACAUAAUGCCUACGUCAUUGGGCGGUGGAGACGAACCGUUCCGUGCCAGACUGCAUCAUUUGUUUUCGCAGAUCGAAAAAGAAUUCGAAUUACUGCAUGCCGAAAAUAUGAGCUUGCGUGAAAAGUUGGAAGCUGUCGCAGGUACACCGCGUGACUCUACCGUCGGUGAAAGGCUUCCACUGCAGGACGCGUUCGAGGUGGAUGGUUCGGUUAACAAGAGCUUCAAAUCGAAGCUGGGCAGUGCCGGCAGCAAGGUGAAGGCCGGACACAAGCUUCGCGCACAGACGAGCCGUAUCGUGUCCAGCUUCAAGGCACAGUCUGUCGUCAGCUCGCUCGUGCGUGAAUUUUGUGGCCACAAGGACGGCGUUUGGCAGGUCAGCACGAAAGCUGGGCAGCCCAUCAUUGGUACAGCUUCGGCCGAUCACAGUGCGUGCAUUUGGGGCAUCGAUACCGGGCGUUGUCUGCUGCAAUAUCAAGGCCACAGUGGAUCGGUCAACUCGAUCAAGUUCCAUCCGACGCGUGACAUUGUCCUGACUGGCAGUGGCGACGCAACCGCCCAGAUAUGGCAAGCCGCCGUGAACUGGGAAGUGCCAGCCAGGAAAGGACAUUCCUCCGAGGAGGAACUGGAAGAGGAAGAGGAAGGACCGUACGAAGAGAAGGAACGGAUUGACGUGCUGCGAACACCGCUGUGUGAGUUUUCCGGACCAGGUGGACACACGGCGGUGGUAGUGGCGGCUGAUUGGCUACCCGGUGGAGAUCAAGUCAUAACGGCCAGCUGGGAUCGGACAGCGAUUCUGUGGGACGUGGAGACACGGGAGCCGCUACAUCCACUGUGUGGACAUGAUCACGAGCUGACCCACGCAUCGGCACACCCGAGUCAGCGGCUAGUUGUGACAGCUUCGCGCGAUUCCACCUUCCGAUUGUGGGAUUUCCGUGACCCCAUUCCGGCGGUUUCAGUUUUUCAAGGACACACCGAGAACGUAACCUCGACAGUAUUUACGCGAGAUGAUAAAGUUGUCUCCGGAUCGGACGAUCGCUCAGUGAAGGUAUGGGAGCUGCGCAACAUGCGUUCCGCACUAACGACCAUCCGGACGGACUCGGCCGUCAAUCGGUUGGCGGUGUCGGCCAGCGGCGUGAUUGCCAUCCCGCACGAUAAUCGCCAUAUUCGAUUGUUCGAUCUGAACGGACAACGUAUUGCCCGGUUACCCCGAACAAGCCGCCAGGGUCAUCGCCGCAUGGUAUCGGCCGUCGCCUGGACGGAGGAUAUCAGCUCGAACUGCAAUCUCUUUUCGAGCGGCUUCGAUCGUCGAGUGUUGGGCUGGGGCGUAUGCUUGCCACCCAAAGAUAAUUGAGUAAUUUAAUGUUAAUGUGCAGGCAAAGAGGGAGCAGAUAUUUUGGGGAUGCGCUGGAGUGUGACAAAGAAAGGUAACGAUAUAUGUAUAGAGCGAGGAGUACAAGGUUUUUUAGUUGAUUCGUUUGUAACAUUGUUUUAGUUCAAUUGAUAAUCGUUGUUUUUGAUUCGUUUGCGCAAAGCAUAGCCACCAACUACUUAGUCAUAACACAAUACGAUACACACAAUAAGCGGCGUAAUGAUGCUGCGAAGGAACAAAGGAAUUUUCGCAUUGGAAUCUAACCCCUAUUUUCCAUACUCACUAGGGAUUCAUUACUCGUCCUCUUUUUGGCUCAUCGAUCCUCCACGAUCAAUUUGCUGGUUUCGGAUUGGCGGCUCUGUGUUGAUCAGUUUAAAAGUCUUGUCUGGUAUAGAUGGAAACAAUGAGCUUUCACUAUUGAUGAACUUUUGUCUAUUUACCAAGCGCUACAUAUGUUAUGUACUUUAUCGACCAGUUGGACAAAAUGGUUCAACCAAGAACUAUAGUGAAGGAAAUGGCUUUUUAUGUUGAAAUUUACCUGCAUUGUCGAUCACUCAAAAUUACUUCGUCUUGUAUGGACAGUGUUUUUGUGUUUCAGUUGUCCAGGCGAGAAGAAUCUCACGAAGUUCAGGUACUUGGGUGUACUUGAAAAUUACGCAGGUACGUGCACACUUGAAGCAUUUCAAAUAGAAAUACAUGAAUGCUUGAAAACAGUUACAACCUUGAAAUGAGUGACGAACAUACAUAAUUGCCUUCAUUAUAAAUUAUACUGGCACUAUAACCACCAAUAGAAAACUAAACUAA